GAAGAAGGAAGUGAAGCUCUGUGCCAGUCGGCUGCUCUGCUCUCUGCUACACCUCUAUACUAAACAACACCAGCUAAACAACAUACUGUUUUUGGGAAGAGGUUGACAUGUUAGUAACAUUAAGUUAAAAGACAGAGAAUUGAGAAACUGCCUUUUUUAAUCUUGUGCAAGUGAAAGUAAAGUUGCUGUAUGGAAAAUGGCUUCAAGGCUAGAGGAGGAUCUAUCUUGUCCUGUGUGCACUGAGAUCUACAAGGACCCUGUGGUCCUGACCUGCUCUCACAGCUUCUGUAAAGCCUGUCUGCAGCAGUUCUGGAACACCAAAGGAUCCAGAGAAUGUCCAGUCUGCAGAAGGAGGUCAUCAAUGGACCCUCCACUCAACCUGGCAUUAAGAAACUUGUGUGAGACGUAUUUACAGGAGAGAGAGUCACUUACAAGUCAGAGAGGAGCACUGUGUAGUCUCCAUGACGACCCACUCAGGCUGUUCUGUCAUGAUGAUCAGCAGCUUGUGUGCUUCUCGUGUCGAGACUCAAAACUCCACAAGAAUCACAACUUCAGUCCCAUAGAUGAAGCAGCAGCUGACCGAAAGGAGGAGCUCAAAAUAAAACUAGAUCCCUUAAAGGAGAAGCUGAAGGCUUUUGCAAAUGCAAAAGUCACCUGUGAUGAAACAGUUGAACACAUUAAGGUGAAAACUCAGACCCAGCACACAGAGAAGCAGAUCAAGGAGGAGUUUGAGAAGCUUCACCAGUUUCUACGAGAUGAAGAGGCAGCCAGGAUAGCUGCACUGAGGGAGGAAGAGGAGCAGAAGAGUCAGAUGAUGAAGGAGAAGAUUGAGAAGAUGAGCAGAGAGAUCUCAUCUCUUUCAGACACAAUCAGAGCCAUAGAAGAGAAAAUGGGAGCUGAUGAUGUCACAUUUCUGCAGAACUACAAGAGCACAGUGGAAAGAGCCCAGUGCACACUGCAGGAUCCAGAGAGGGUUUCAGGAGCUCUGAUCAAUGUGGCAAAGCACCUGGACUACCUGAGAUUCAGAGUCUGGAAGAAAAUUAAGGAGAUUGUUGAGCACUCUCCUGUGACUCUGGAUCCCAACACUGCAAACCCACAUCUACUCCUGUCUGAGGAUCUGACCAGCGUGAGAUAUGUUCAAAAUAACCCACAGAGGUUUGAUGAUUAUCUGUGUGUCCUGGGCUCUGAGGGUUUUAACUCAGGGACUCACUGCUGGGAUGUGGAGGUUGGGGAGAACCCACGAUGGAGUGUGGGCGUGAUGGCCGAGUCUCUCCAGAGGAAAGGAGCCUGCUACAACAUGAGUGGACGCUGGUGUUUGUAUUAUAAAGCUGGUGAAUAUAAAACACAUGCUGUCGCACAGCCCUCCACUCUUCUCACAGUGAAGCAGAAACUCCAGAGGAUCAGAGUGCAGCUGGACUGGGACAGAGGAGAGCUGUCAUUCUAUGACCCUGAUAAUAACAAACACCUACACACUCUCACACACACUUUCACUGAGAGAGUGUUUCCAUACUUUUUCCCUGGCACCUCCACACUGAGGAUCUUACCAGUGAGUCCUCAGUAACAGCAGAGCAGCACUGAUGGAGCUGAUGGUGUCUAUUGAAAUACACUGUAAAAUGUUCAGCCAUUACUUGUCGGUUAUGAUAUGUACAGUAUUGUCUUUCAAUUUGGAGCAUGUGACUUUGGUUUGUAAGGGUACAUUUUGUAACAAAACUCCUGUGCUUUAAUGAUAAUUUUCAUAUUAAAAAAUGUCAUGUUUUAA